AUGAGGAAGUCAUGGCAGCAGGAACACGGGGCAGCUGAUCAGAUUGCAUCUGCACUCAAGAAGGAGAAGGAAAAAAAAGUUUCUAAAAAGCAGACAGAAGUGGUAUGUGGGGUAACAUAUGAUGGGCAUACCCAGGUGGUCUAGAAAGCCUUCAGAAGCCACACCCUGGUUUUGACGACCCAGCUAGGGAAGAUGGGUACUUGGGUCUCUUUGGAGCCCAGCAUUAUGUCCAAAGAUGGCAGCAAGCCAAUGUUCACCACAAAAGCCUUCUUGGGUAACAUGAGCACCCUCCCCAUCCAUGUCUUUGCAAAGAACCGGGCUUAAGAAGUAGGAAGUAGAGCUUCCCUUCAGGCUGUGGCUGAAAAGGACAAGAACACAGAGAAGCUGAAGGCCUUGAAGGGGGUAAUUAUGCUGUGUCAGGUGUGGUGA